AUGUCUUACCAGUUAAAAAAAGAACAUCUAACGAAUUGGAACGUGCCAAAAUCUGAUUGGGGCCCAGCAAAUAUUAAUAAUAAACCGGUUAUAAAUUACGAUCGAGAUGUUUAUACACCAAAAAAUUCUUCUCCUACGCCUAUUGUACAUGACAAAGACUUGCCAUUAACUCCAAAUAAUAAUAAAUUAGUUACACCACCAUUACCAUCUGCUAAUUUACCAAAAAAAGAGUCGCACACUCUUCGAUAUGCUUAUAAUGAAUUGCCAGAAAAUGGUAUACCCCUUGCUGUUCAAUUCAAUAAUUCAAAAAAAGAAGAAGAGAAAAGAAAAAAAAGUAUUCGCAAAGCACCACCGGGUCAAGGAACUCUUGCUCCACCUGUUGAAACUCAACCCUCUGAUAUGAAUAAAAACUAUUAUCCAUAUUGGCAUUAUUAUAAACUUAAAAAUCCGGAUUGGAUGAUGCGUCAUCGUCAAACUAAUGAUGGUCAACUAAUCCCUUAUGAUGCAGUUGAUCCUUCACAAUAUGUUGAGGAACCUGCCCUGACAAAUAUAACACCAGAAUCAAGUCGACAUAAUCGAAAAUCUCAUCGUAAGAAUUAUGAUAAAUAUACUCUGGGCAAUAAUCUAGAUAGACGAAGUAACGAUACGAAUAAAAAUCCAUCGUUGCCAGUGCCUUCAAUGUCGAAUGAAAAUAUUAAAAGACAAAGAUCAUCAUCAAGAAAGCAUAAGUCUUUAAAAGAUGCCACUAAUAAUCAAUCAAGUAUUCCAAGAAAUUCAAAUCAAGUUGUAACAUCUGACGCUUCGAAACAUCGCAAGAAAAACGUCAAUGAUGAGUUUACAAAUGAAGAUAAAAGACAUCACCGUCACCAUCAUCAUCAUCAUCGUCAUCAUCAUCAUCAUCAUCAUACACCUUCUGAGUCUCAAGAACAAAAUCAACAGCAAUCUUCUGUUCAGGUAGAACAACAACCUAGCCAACAUCAUCAUCAUCAUCACCAUCACCACAAUUAUUCUGUUUCAUCAGACAAAGAAUAUGUUGAUCAAGAAUUUAGAGUUAUUGAUGACUCAUUUAAGAAAUCAGAACGAACCGCUUAUUUUCAAGGGAUACGGAAUCCGCCUAUAAUUAACAAUCAAAAUUCUUAUCUACCAUCUAUUUUGCCACGUGAAAAUCUUAGUGGAUCAAAAUCAACUGAUUUUUAUACGAAAUAUACACUGAGUAACGAUUGGAGAGAUUCAGUUAAAUCGCCUCGAACAGAAAAUAAAACAAUUCUUCCUCAUGAAACAGCUUGUUGUUGUGGUUAUGUAGCAUUACUUCAAUGUGCGGAUAAAAGUAAAUCUGCUCGAACUGGAUAUGGAAUUGAAGAGCGUAUUUCAAAAAUAUUUCGCUAUUGGUUACAACAUAGUUUGUCAUUGCACUCUUCUUUUCUACUGCAAUACAAAUCCGUAGGUGGUGUUUAUUUACUUGGUGAUACAAAUGUUGGAAAAAGUAGUUUAUUUAAUGAUCUUAUUGAUUCUGAUCUUUGUCAUAUUCAUGCAUUUGAUGGUGUUCAACGUGCACCUGUGUCAAAUCUUCCAGGUAAAGAUAUUUCUUAA